AUGCUCAACGUCAUAUCCACGCCACCGUCUCGUGCGCCCCGUCUCGCCUCUCUCGAACCUUAUCAACCUCGAAGCGGAACUACAGGCGUCCCGUCAGCCAUUGUAUCGCGUCGUCGAGUGAUCGGUCAACUCGUCCCAAGAGCAGCAUCUCCAAUCAUCGAAUCAUCUUCUUCUCAAGAUGGGGACGUGACAUCAAAGCUCGAUGUCUUGAUCGGAUCCAUCGAAGGCGUUCUUAAAGGCUAUGCUGUGUAUCCCUCUCGCUCCCCAACCUAUUUUGCGAGCUUGAGGGACUUUCACCGCCGAGCUCUGGAGCUCAAAGCCGUGCCUGUUGACAGAGAUAUCUGUCAGGGUCCUGCGCGAACGUCGCUGGCUCAGCCCGAGGCGCAUGGACGCGAGGUAGAUACUGACCUCGGCUACCACGACGAAUCACUCGGCACGGCCAAUACUGCUCAGAAGUCAUCCCUUCACGAAUCCGUCCGCUCGGCUCCGAGUCGCCUGCCUAUGCAUCGCUCGCCGUCGUGCAAUUCUCUACGGCCUCGUCCCCCGCGCUUGCCAUAUUUGAAUGAAACGGACCCACUCUCCAAGGAUGUUCGAAAUCUCGCGCACGAGUGGUGGAAUAGUGAAGUCGCAGCUGCAUGGUAUGGACCAAGGCCGGGGGUCAGGUCUCCUCCAAAGUCUCCUGUUGAUCGACAGAGGAAGAAAUCGCUCGAAGAUAGAGGACGCUUCGGGACAGACGGACGCGAUAGACGGCGAGAGGAGGAAAGGGAGAAGAGCAUUAAAAGGGAUUCUAGCUUUGUUGGCCUGUAUGAUGAAUAG